CACACGGGAAUGAAAGUCAACCCCACUGGUGUGAAUGAGAACGUGGAUGAAGCAAAGAUGCAGGUGUUAAAAGGUGGUCUUUUUCUUACAAGUGUCGCCACUGCUGGUAUGAUUGCCGGAUUUGGUUCGACUCUAGCCAUGGCUAAGAAGAAGAGUCCCGAAUGGUUUAACAAGGGUAUUGUUGGGACAGCAGCAGUACCAGAGAGUGGAGCAUCUUUGGCACUGCGGGCAUUGGGCUGGGGCUCUCUGUACGCCUGGUGUGGAGUCGGUCUCCUCAGCUUCACCAUCUGGAAGGCUCUGGGUGUCCACAGUUUGACAGAAUUCCGGCAAAAAAUGCAGUCCAUUUUUCCAGCCAUCCCGAAAAACGAAGAAGCACAGGCAAAUGCAGAGCCUGUUGACUGGAAUUCCAUCUUCGAGUCAAAAUAGCAUCGCUGUUGCUCUCCGGGUCAUGGACAUAUUUACCUACCACUUAUCCAAUCAGGAAUCAGUGUGAUGAUGAUGGCAAGGAGUCAGGCAUCAAGCUAAAUCGGAAACAAGGAUGGACGAACUCUGUAACACUGUUCCUUUUUGAAGGACGUGACCUCUCCCUGUCACCGCCUGGACUAUCCAUGUUUCUUGAGGGUCAUGAUGUCUCGUAAUAAAAUCUAAAAUGUGUGGCCCGUGACCAAGCAUUUUCAACAAACUUGGGAUGUGCCUGAGCCACUAGAGACCUUGACUUUGCCUCAGAUGGUGCUACUUUUGGUCUCAGAUACAAGGUACAAAGCAGUUUAUCAGAGCCAACAUGGCUCUGAAGCUGAAUGCCAUUUGUUUUCAUUAGAUUUCAAGCACCUUGUAGAAUUUGUCGAUAGAGACACCGGUGUCAGGGCAGUCAGUUGCGUUGUGUAUAUGAACAAUAAUUUUUGCUGCAAGCAAGUCCAAUAAAAGCUGUUUGUGUAAGGCAUACCAUACUGCAACACAUGUUGGUGGCUGAAUUUAAAUUAUGGCAGUUUACAGCUGGAAGAACUGUGUUUAUGUGUGAUGUGCCUUGGUUACGUGUGAUUGUGCCUACUGUGACAUCGGGGAAAAAUUUGUCAGAGAGCAAGUUCAUUGGUAAGUCAAAAGUAAAGACUGCCCAUAUGGAAUGUUUUGGCUUUGGUUCUCUGUCUGAGAAAACCUCCAAAAAAAAAAAAAUUGCACACAAAACACACCCAUUUAGGUCACACUUAAAAAUGUUGAAAUCCCAUGUGUGCAUCAGUCCAAAUGUGCUUGUGACUGCUCCUCCUGAUGUUUUCUUCACAUUUAGCACACAUAAUCCAGUUUAAGGAAGGACCUCAUGCAAACAGUGGUAACACAGCUGCUUAGGGGAGCAUUGUGCAGAAGAGGAGAAACCAUUAUCUUAGGAUCUCCACAAAAGUGUGACACAGCGACGCUUUAAGCCACGUUUUAUAAUUAUGGAUUUGUAUUUGGUUGGAUACAUUGAUUUGUGUCUCUCGGGCAACUUGAAAAUGCUUCCCCAGGGCGCUGAAUCAACUAAAUUUUGCAUCCACAAUCUGCUUAGUGACAUGCAAGAGAGUUACAGAUGGAUUAUGGUUUUAGAAGCUUUGGAAAAUCAUGCCUGUAUUUUUGUGUUAUUGGAUGAAAAUCUGUCUUCUGUUAUGUUUGGUAAUUUGCUUGGAGGUUAAACUGUGGAGAUACUUUUCACUUGAAAAUAUAUUAAAGGACAAAAACACCCAAAAACAGCCUUCACAGUGCUCAACCAGAUUUCAUGUACAUUUACUUUUAACAUGUGGAACAUGUAGUAUAAAGACUUUAUACUGAAUAAACAAUGGUCGUCAAAUCAA